UCAAAAGCAGCUGCCAUGUGAAUGUCUUCAUGUCACCUUGUGUGCAAGCCCUGAGCGAAUAGGCUGAACUAGCGUGGGCACGCCCUCACCCGGCCAUGGCUCCACUGUCCCCAGCGCGGUUCGUCAUGUUUAAGGUUCACGUCAUAACCGCUCACGAUAGCCAUUUCGCUGGUGGGAAACACGCAUUUCUGUCCAUGGCCUCGGCACUGGCGUGCGAGGGCUUCGAGGUGCACGUCGUAUCCGUCGCCAGUCGAAGCAAGGUGCUGGUGCAUGCGGGCAUGCAGGGCCUGCUGCCCCGCCUCAGCUUCGCCCGGCCCGGGGUGGUGAGCUGGCGCGAGGCGCAGCGGCUGCACCACCACGUCGUACUCAACGACACGGAGCCCGCCGCCGCCGCCGCCACUGCUACAGCCGCUGGCGGCAGCGACAGCAGCAUUAACACCCCAGCAGCACCCGUAACAGGGCUGACUACUGAGCUCUUGGGCCGGGUGGCAGCCUGUGUCCGGGGCCUGGUCAACGCGCCGUUUCCCGCGGCGGCGGCGGCGCCGGCUGAGCAGGAAGGGCAGCUGGAGCAGCAACGGCUCGCAGCGGCGGCAGCUGCCUCUACAGCCGCUGAUGCAGGGCAGGCGACGGCCGUCACGCAUAGCGGCGCGGCGGCCGCGGCGCCAUCUGCCGAGUCCGGGUCGCUCACAGGGCUGCUGCAGGGGGCGUGGGUGCUGGUGGAUGCGGACGAGAGCCAGAGGCUCGUGGUGGCGCCGCUGGCAGCCAGUCCAUUAGAACCAGCAGCAACAACAUCAGCAGCAACACCAGCACCAGCAGGCGCACCACCAGCACUAGGGCUGCAGACAGAGCCGGCACCCGGGGGCCCCAGUACGCUGUUCGAGACGGUGGUGGGCGCGGCGCCGCCGCGGCGGUGCGUGGCGCUGGUUCAGAACGUGCACUUCCUGCCGCUGGGGCCAUCGGGCACGGGCCCGCGCAGCCCCGCGCUGCUGGCGGCGUGGCGGCGGCUUGGCGGUGUCGUGGCGGUGAGCGGCUUCGUGGCGGGCUACCUGCAGGAGCACUGGCCGCAGGCGGCCGCCGCCGCCGCCACCGCACCCGCCGCCGCCACCGCAGCCGCGGCCGUCGCGGUUGCAGGCCAUGCAGAUGUAGGAGCGGAGGAGGCCGCAGGGGCGGGGGCUGAGGCGCAGGGUGCGGCUGGAGGCGGGGCGGUGGAGGAGGUGGAGGCGGCCAUGCCGCCGGUGCGAGUGGUGCCGCUGGCGACAUGGGGCGUGUUUGGCAGGCAGCCGCUGCCGGACCUGUCGCCGGCCGCGCAUGAGGCCUUGCUCGCCUGGCGAGCAGCUCCCGCCCAGCGGCGAGCGGCUGACACUGGGGAGUCAGCAGGGGCAGCGCCGGCAGCACCAGGCAAAGAGUUUACAGGGACUGAAGGUGGCGCACAGGCGGCAGCAGGAGAAGCAGCAGCUGCGGAUGCAUCGGCGCCUGCAGUCGGUGGGCCGGCAGUGGACGUCGCGGUGCUGAAGCUGACGCCGGAGAAGGGCUGCUCGGUGGUGGCGGAGCUGGCCAGGCGGCUGGCUGGGCGCGUGCGCUUCCGGGUCGUGGCAGGUGAUCCGGCUGUGGCGCGUGCGCUGGAGCCGCUGGUGGUGGCGGGCGCUGUGCAGUUGUGGGAGCCGCAGCCCUCCGUGACGCCGGUGCUGCAGGGCUGUGUGGCGGUGCUUGCGCCCAGCCUAUGGCUGGAGGCUUGGGGCAUGGUGGUCACGGAGGCGCUGUUGCACGGCUUGCCCGCCCUGGUCAGCGACCUUGGCGGGCUGCCGGAGGCGGGCAUGGGCGUGUGUCCGGCGGUGCCGGUGGAGGCUGUGCGCAUCCCAGUGGAUGCGGCCGGCGUUCCUGAUUGGGCAGCUCGGCAAUACCCCCGACAGGACGUGGGGGCGUGGGAGGCGGCGCUUCUGGCGCUACUGCUGGGCACUGGUGCUGGCGGCGCGGGCGAUUGCGACGCGGACAAACAGCAGCAGCAGAGGUUGGUUGGGGGAGGCAGCUGCGGCGAGGGCUGCCAGGACGCGUGGCGGUGUGUGAGUGUCAGUGGGCGGCGGGCCGCACUGGCGCAUGUGGGUGGGGCGCGAGGGUACCUGCGGGAUAUGCUGGUCUGGCUUGGCGGGCUUUGAUUGAUCCGGUCUGGUGUUGGCAGGUGGUGGAAGGUGGGGGGAUGCGGUUGAUGCUGCGACUGCAUUAAAUUUGCAACUGCUGGGCCGGUGGUCUGGACGUGCAAUUGCACACUGUUGCCGGGGGCGCAUACAAACCGAGAGUCCGAGACGCCGCAUCGCCGCCGUGCGCACCUCGUGAGGCCAAUUUCGGUGAGAACACGGCCCGAAGUAAGUCCUCCGGCUAGGGUGCCGAAGAAAGCUUGCUGCUUGCGUGUGUUGAGUACUGCUGCCUAGCCUUAGCACCCUGGAUUUGGCGCAGGUCGCCCAGAACCUCACGCAGCUCGAAGCUCCACCUCCUUGUGUGACCCCAGAUCAAUGACACAUAUACCGGAUAUCCAGUUUCCGCAAGUGGCUUCCCGAUGCGGAGACCCAAGUUUUUUCAAGCACGUCAAUGGGGUGGGCCGACCCCAUCCAAUCUCGUGUGGUCACAUCACUUCGUGUAGUGGCAUGGCAGGGCACCGUGAUGCGCGGAUAGAUUACAACGAUGUCACUGCAAGCGGUGGACGAGCGGGCGUGUGAAGAUGGUGCGGGAGGGUAGUGUGUGUGUGAUGGGACAGUGGCAAGGCAGGUUGGUAAAGUCCCUUAGGGCGCAGCUAAUUCCCAUACCCAACAAGUGGCAAACAAUUGGCAGAGGCAGGGCAAGAGUGCGCGGCUGGUCUAACGGGAGGGUAGUGUGCGUGUUGCCGUGUGUUGCAGGUUGCCGGCGACCCGCCGGGUCGAUUUCAUGACAGGGCUGGCCGACCAAAAGAGUAGCCGCGUCUUGGUAAUGACCAUUUGAACUAAGUCUCGGGAUCGCUGUUGCCCUAGCCCGCCGCCUGCAUUUAACGGACGCAUCCUGACUU